AGGACAUCCGAAAUUCCGCUAAUUAUGAAAGUUUUCUCUUCAUUGACCAGCCUAACUCGUCGGAAUACCUGUUUUACUAGGUCAGCAUGUCUGCCUGGGUAUUCUGCCGAGACAUCGGGCCUUGGUGUACGAUGUGCAUCUACCAUGCAUCAUGUUGAAGACGAUAAGCCUGUAGAUAUGACAGAUCCAUAUGUCAAACCAAAGAAAAAAUGCUUUAUUUGUGAGAAAAAUAUCCCACUCGACUAUAAGAAUGUACGUUUGUUGUCUCAAUUUGUCUCACCCUACACUGGACGCAUUUAUGGUCGCCACAUAACAGGAAUGUGUAUUCCAAUGCAAAAGAGAAUAUCCAAGUUGAUUACAAAAUCCAGGCAGUUUGGUAAGAUUGUGCUGCAUCCCUUCUACGAAUUUAGGUUUUAUGCCUUUUGAAAGUAAAGAGAGUGUUUUCGUUGCUGAUCCCAGGAUAUCUGCCCCAUCAAAAACUCGAUGAACUUAGUACAGUGUAAAAAAACUUUUAGAAUACAAU